CUGUGGCUUCUGCGCGCCUCUACGCCCCGCCCCGCCGCGGCCCGUGGCGACACGCGGCGAUGGGCGGCGGUGCACGGCCCGGCUGCACGCCGAGCGGCCGCGGGCGCCUCGGCCCCGCGGCCGCGCUUGGCGCGCUGCUCGCGUUGGUGGCCGCCGCGAGCUGGCUGGCGGAGUGCUUGGCACUCCCAGCAGCGCGGCGGGUGCUGCCAGGCCGUGGGGCCCCCGUGCGGCCGGGCCGCCCGCGCGCGGCGGUCGCUGCCAGGGCUGCGGGCAGGGCUGACGCGGAGGCCGGCCUCCUGGAGAUUCAGAGCAUGCCCGGCGAGAGGGUCGUGGCCGGCGGACCUGAUGUGGGCAGACCCGGCAAUGGUUGACGACGCCAUCGACCAUGAACUGGGGCUGCUGGAGGAGGAGCGCGUGGCCACCUGCGCGGGCCAGGGCGGAUCCAGGAUGCGCAAGGGGAUCGCCAAGGUCCGCGGCAGCGCGGCCAGCGAGGCCAUGUCGGAGCUGAUGUACCUCCGGGUGUGCAGCAGGUUCCGCCGGCUCGGGGCCCGCCUGGUCUCGCCCAUGCGCGAGGGGGGCCACGCGGCGCCGAACGAGGUGGCCCUGCCGGUGCUGUCGACGAACAUCCACUCCCAGGACGCACUGGCGCUGUUGUACCAGACCUUGUCCAGGAAGAUGGUCAUGGGGCCCGGCGAGCCGUACGACUUUCAGCGGAGCCCGCGCUCCGCCAUGCCCGUCGUGUGCGUCGGGCAGCUGUACGUGCUCGCGAUGAUGUUCGGCCACCUUCUCCGCAACGUGGACGCUAGAUUCCAACUGGAGAAGUCCCUUGGCGCGGCCGCGGGGCGCAGCCUCCAGAGGUACCUGGAGGGCUUCGCGCCGAGGCAGCUGGAGGACAUGGCCCGCUUUGCCUCCCUGGAGGCGCAGCUGGCCGCCGAGCUGCACGUGCGUGGGCUAUUCGGCGACCUCCGGGCCAAGAAGGAGGAAUUGCUGGGCAUGCUGGCGCAGGAGGCCGACGGGUCCAAGCGGGACACCGAGCGCCGCGUGAAGCGGGUGCUGCAGGGCAGCGUGCUGCGCUUCCAGGCGGGGGAGCUCAGGAGGGUGCUCCUGGAGGCGGUCGCCUUCGGCGGCUUCCUGGGGGACGUGAACUGUCAGGUCAGCGACUUCUGCGCGCCCACCCCGAGCGCCAGCUGGCGGCUGGAGAGCUUCGGGCUGGAAGACCCGGGCGGCUCGGGCGGCUCCAAGUUCCUGAAAUGGUUGCUCGAGUGAGCGCAAAACUUGAAUUCGGGGCCGCAAGAACUCGUGCGAGGUGCGGUCGGCAUGCCAGAGCACAGUCCGUGUGGACAAAUAUUCCGGGGGCCGGUGGAUUUCUAACUCUGCGAGCGUGCGUGCGGGUGUACAGUGGGGGCCCACCCUCGAUGAGCGCACUGAAUUCGGACAGGAACUCGUGCUUCCCGUCUACUGCCCAAGAGUUGUGCGCCGACGGCCCGACUCAGGUUGGCCAAACGGGCGCAACGCGCUCAUGCAAUUUUUCUGUCAGGUUCAAGGUGCGCCCAGCCCGUGUGCACAUUCUAGCUAAUUAUUGAUGCGGAGCCCAUGCAGUGGAAUGCUACCCUUUCCGCCCUCCUCCCCCCCUGCGGCCAGAGGGAUGGGAGGAGGACAUUGCUUCACAGGCUCCGCAACCCUGUCGGCAGCUGACGUAUCCCCCUUGCGCCCCGCCCUCCUGCUUGCGGUAAGGCGCGAGCAGACUCGCCUUGGCACGGCCCCAGAUGUACAAACCAGGCCGGGCUGCUCGGCCGUGGGCAUGCGUGCGAAGAGUGGGCGGCAGUCGAUCGCCGU